AUGCCCAUCCUAGGAGAUCCUGGCCACGCUUCCAUUACCGCAUCACUGAAGAACCGCGUGCCCAAGAUCCUCAAGCUUAACACACCAGAAGCUCCCAGAGCGAUUGUGGUUGUAACAGCACAUUGGUCCGAAGGCAGACCGACCAUUUCAUCAGGGGAGCGUCAUGACCUAUACUAUGACUACGGUGGAUUCCCACGGGAGGCGUACUCACUUAAAUACCCCGCCCCCGGCUCACCAAGCAUCGCACAAGAGUUGAAGCAGGCUCUCGAGAAGGAGGGCCUUUCUCCAGUGCUGGACUCAAGACGUGGCUGGGACCAUGGCGUCUUUGUUCCACUUCUCCUUGUUAAUCCCGCCGCCAACGUUCCUGUAAUCCAGCUUUCCGUCCUCGCCUCCGAGGACCCUGAAGAACACUUCCGCAUGGGACGCGCCCUUUCGGCGCUGCGGGAUUCCAACGUCGCCAUUCUCGGCUCCGGUUUCGCCUCGCUCCACAAUAUGGGCAAGAUGCGGUCCCUAUUCAUGGGAGAUCCCGUAGCGGCCAAGAAGCUCGCCAAGCAGGUCGGCGAGUGGAAUAAGGACCUGACGGAUGCUGUGAAGAAGGAGAAGCGCGAUGAUCGCGUAAAGGCGCUGUCUGGUUGGCGAAAGUUUUCCCACAGUUACGACAUGCACCCUCCUCAUGGCGGUGAGCACUUCAUGCCCUUGCUGGUAUGUGCCGGUGCGGCGGAGGACGAGGUUGCCGGCGUAUACGAUGACGACUUUCUCGGCUUGGACAUUAAGACGUAUUACUGGGGAGAUAUACGUGUCUGA